AUGGGUGAUUAUUCGCCCGGCGACAAUACCUCCAAUCUCGCCAACGCUAUUCGAGGGCUGAAGACGUUCUACGGGCUCUGCGUCGUCCUGGGAGGUACGCGCAGGGACAUCCUUCCACUGCUGAAAGGCCGGAGUAGGCCCGCGGAAACCGACGAUGACUACGCCGCCUACUGCAAGUCGAACGAGGACCUGUACGCCAUACUCUACCGGCUGGUGGAACUACCGGCGUCCCUUUCGGUACAGAAGCACGAGGACGACAGCAAGAUCAGCGGAGACGGUCAGGCAGCCUUCCAGGAAUUGAACUUGAACUACAACAAAGUUACGGACGAAGUGAUUCGAGCAACCAUGGAGGAGCUGAUCAACACACCCAUGGAACCCAGGCAGAACCCGGACGACUACUUCAACCAGAAGCACCUCCUACGACACAAGGCUGAGAAGAUGGGGGAAACGAUCUCGGACUGCUACUUCAAUGACGAAUGCGUCACCGGCUUCACCAACGAGUACAAGGACGUCAAGAUGAUCAUGUACCGCGACCCAGACUUCAACGUCGACAAGAUGCAAACCACCAUGCGUCACAUGUUCCUUGACGAGCAAUCUCGCAACGGGCCGAAGGGCAGCAUCGCUGGGCGCGGUUUCGCCAUGACUGCCACUACCUCAGAGGAACCGACUUGUUUCGACUGCGGAGAAAAGGGACACAUUUGGAGGAACUGCUCUGAAAAGAGAGGCAAGGGAAAGAAGAAGACUAAGCCUGCCGGAGCCGCCAAGUGGUGUUCGGUUCACUUCACGACCAGGCACUCCGACGAAGAAUGCUUCGAGCAAGGAGCGACGCGGCCGAAAAAAUCCAGCAACACGGGCAAGGCCCUUUCCGCAUGCGCUAGUUGUACACACUGCUUCUCCACCAGCAACAAAACGGAACUAGCCAUGACAAAGCAGGAGGCAAGCAGUACGCAAGCCGAAAUCGACUUCAGCGCAGAGGGCGAAUCAGAGGAAGGAUUCAUGUACGCCAUCGUCCACAAAGGGGAGGACCUCAAGCCCAUGGCUACCGGAGCCACUCCGCUGGGGGCGAGCAGCACGAACGCCGAAAUCGACUUGAGCGCAGAUGGCGAGUCAGAGGAAGCAUUCAUGUACGCCACCGCUCACGAAGGGGGAGAGCUCAAGCCCAACGCCGCCGGAGCCACCCUGCUUAUAGACACCGGAGCAUCCGAGAAUAUGCUCGACGACUGCCUCAUCCCAGGUUUGAAGGAAAUAAUGCGGGAACACAAGGAACUCGCCAAACCUAAGGUGGUCUCGGUCCGCGGUGACCACGAGCUGGACGGGAACGCCACAGGACUCAUUCAUUGCACCGUCAAGGACAGCAACGGCGAGAAGCAGGCCGUGCUCCUGCGAGGAAUAGUCGUCCCCGGCCUCGGACGCAACGUCUUCUCGUCUACCGCGCAGAUAAAGAAUGGUGUCAAGCUCGUCAUCGAGGAAGGCAACCCUCACCUCGCGGUAGGAGGCCACACUUUGCCGCUGAAACAGGAUCCGCGCGACGACCCAGAUGCUGCACAGGCAAAAAGUAUCGCCGCGCCGAAGCUGACCCAGGGGAAAACGCGGCCGCUUGAAGCGACCCACGCUGCCACCAGGAGGAGGCCGAACGCCUCUGAUUCGAUCGAACCCUCCCUUGCACCAAGCUCCUUGGAAGUCUCCAUGGACCUCAGCGGAAACGGAUGCAUGACGGCCACGAUGAUGCGGCCCGACCCCAGCGCGCCGACGCACCCCAUCCAGCAAGGAUUCUUGGAGGAGGAGCCCAUCAAAAUCCCGAACACCUCCAAACAGAAGCCCGACGAAAAAAUUAAGGUCAAGCUGGUGGUUCAAUGGUACGUGCAGGAGUCUGGCAUCGACUACGGGAGGAGCUACGCGCAGGAGUCUUGCAUCGACUACGGGAGGAGCUACGCACCGGUGUGCGACAUCGGGAGUGUUCGCACCUUCCUCGCUAUAGCAAGCGAACAACGAUGGCCGGUCUAUCCGAUGGACGCCACCGUGGCGUUCCUGCAGUCUGCGAUCGACAAAGACGUCCGGGUCAAGCCCGACCCAGGACAAGACACGAAGCAUCCCGCGGCCGGGGACAUCAUGGUCUACCAGUUGGAGAACUGUAACCCCGUUGGCACUCCAGGGUAUGGACCAGAAGUCUCGACUGAUCAGCCAGCGGACAAGCUAUCCGGGGCGGCAUACACCAAGCCGUACCAGUGCAUCACAGGCAGUGUAGCAGGCAACGCCAUGUUAAGCUCCUGGACGAAGCACAUUGCUCUCAGGUUCUCCUUCCAACGCGAGCUGGUCAAGAGGAACAAGAUCAGUAUUCACCACAAGGAGAGCCAGGCGAUGCUGGCAGACGUGGCAACAAAACACCUGUCGAGACAGCAGUUCAUCUCUCUUCUGGACCACAUCAAGAACUUCACGUGCUGA